AUGGAACUACAGAACAGUGUUGUCGUCGUCGUUUUAAUUUUCGCAAGUUUGACUAGUGCAGAAAUAAAAUUACCACCCGAUUUUAUGGUAAUUGGUGGCCCCUUAACAAAUACUCUGGUGAAUACUUUGGCAAAAGAUGAAGAAAAGCACCAGAUAAUUGACUUCGGUGUGGAAGAAGGCACACACUCUUUUUGUCUGGAUCCUCUGCCAAAAUAUUUGAAAGAUCAUCUUCAAACUCUACAUCAAAAAGGACUUUCCCAUUACAAAGUACUGCUUCCUUGGGCUAGUAUUCUAUCAGAAGAUGCAGCUGAGAAAGUGGAUCAUAACCAAAUCGAAUGUUAUUCAAACUUCCUAAAUGAAUUAAUAAUUGCAAAUCUCAAGCCUAUAAUGGUUCUGUACAAUGGUGACAUCCCUCAAGGUCUGAUUGCAAAGUAUGGCAGCUGGGAGAAUGAAGCACUUAGUGAUUCAUUUGCAAACUAUGCACAAUUUGCUUUUGAAACAUAUGGAGAAAAAGUUGACACCUGGAUAACAUUUGAUGAUCCUUCAAAGAUAAUAUCCAAACACAAAAUACUAAACACUGAAUCUUCAGCAAUCAGGAAUAUAAUCCUUGCCCAUGAAAAGGCUUACAAAAUUUAUCACAAUGGGGUGGCACCCAAAGAAGAAAGAUUGUCUCUUGUUUUGAAUAUUAAUGACAUGAUUUCUACAGACAUUAUAUUCCAGCAAGUUAUCAAAGCGGGAACAGUAGACUUGAUCGCUCUAACUGUACCAUAUGAUUGUGAACCAGAUCAGAAGAGCAUCAGCAACAUUUUACAGAUUUUGGUCUACAGCUUAGACUUUUCACAAUGCAGUAUCUCAAGUAGCACAGAAUAUUACAGAACUGCACUAACUGAAAUUGUGAAAGCUGUAAGCAUGAAUAAGGUUCCAAUUGUUGGCUGUGAUGCCAAUCACUUUUUGGACAGUUUAUCUCUGUAUUAUCAAACAAGAAACUCAGAUACAGAAAGUACCUCUUCUCCAAUGGAAGGUGGAAGUAAACUUCAGCUUGUGGAACAUUCUAAUAAAGUCCAACUUCCCACAGCAUCUGUCCUUACAUCUUAUCAAACUGUAUGGAAGAAGUUUUCUAAACAAUCACCAGAAGAGAGGGACUCCUUUUUGCAAGGCACUUUCCCCAGUGGCUUUCUUUGGAGCACAGCUACUGCCUCAUUUAAAAUUGAAGGAGGUUGGGCAGAACAGGGGAAAGGAGAAAGUAUUUGGGAUAGGUUUGCUCAUGAGGGAAAAAUAGAAAAAAACCAGACUGCGGAUGUUGCCUGCGAUAGCUUCAAUAAAAUUGAUUAUGAUGUUUAUUUGAUGAGAGGUUUACGAUCAAACACUUACAAGUUCUCUCUGUCAUGGCCAAGAAUUUUUCCAACUGGCUAUCGUGCCAAACUGAACCAAGAAGGAUUAGACUAUUACAAUAAAUUGAUUGACAGUCUGCUGGAGUCCAACAUUCAACCAAUGGUAACACUAUAUCACUGGGAUCUUCCUCAGUCUUUGCAAGAUAUUGGAGGAUGGCAGAAUGAAAGUGUAAUAGAUAGUUUUACCGACUAUGCAGAUUUUUGUUUUGCUACCUUUGGAGACCGUGUGAAAUAUUGGAUCACAUUUAAUGAGCCCUGGGUUAUUAGUUAUGCUGGAUAUGGCACAGGGCAACAUGCACCUGGAAUCAGUGAUCUAAGUACUGCUGUCUACAAGGUUGGCCAUUCCAUAAUCAAGGCCCAUGCCAAAGCUUGGCACAUAUAUGACAAAAACUACCGUUCUUGGCAAUAUGGUCAAAUAGGAAUAGCAUUAAAUUCGGACUGGGCUGAACCUUCCUCUGAUAAUCCAGAUGUUUCAGCAGCUGAUCGUUACCUGCAAUUUAUGUUGGGCUGGUUUGCACAUCCUAUCUUCGUCAAUGGUGAUUAUCCAGCUGCCGUAAAGAAGCAGAUAGAAAAAUAUAAUCAGGAAUGUUCAUCUACUCCUAUCCAACUGCCAUCAUUUACCGAAAAGGAGAAAGAAUAUAUAAAUGGAACUUCAGAUUUCUUUGGUCUUAGUCACUAUACCUCUCGGCUAAUCAAUUCUACCACAAACAAAACAUGUGGUUUAAACUACAAUCGCGUUGGGGAUUUUUCCCCACAAGUACACUCAUCAUGGCCCCCAACUGCAUCUCCAUGGAUAUAUGUCGUUCCAUGGGGCCUGCGAAGGCUGUUAAGUUUUGUCACACUAGAAUAUACAGGUAGCAACAUUCCAAUUUAUAUAACAGGACAUGGAGUGCCAACUAAUGGUGGUGAUUCUAUAAAUGAUACCUUAAGGACAGAGACAUCGGUUGCCUAUAUUAAUGAGGCAUUAAAGGCUUUCAUUAUAGAUGGGAUUGAUGUAAAAGCAUUUACAAUAUGGUCACUAAUGGACAACUUUGAAGGUCCACAAGGAUACAGCCAUAGAUUUGGACUUCAUUAUGUGAACUUUGAAGACUCUAACAGACCUAGAACUCCUAAGAAAUCUGCAUAUUUUUACACACGGAUAAUUGAGAAUAAUGGCUUUGUUAACAGUUCCUCAAAAAAAUUAAUUCAGAGUCUUACUCUCAACAAUAUUAGAAGAUUGACAAAUUUAUCAGCAUCAGAAGUGCCUUCAAAGGCUAAGGUUGUAUGGGAAAAGUUUUCAAAUCAGGACAAAAUGGAAAGGGACAACUUCUUACAUGACACAUUCCCAGAAGGAUUUGGAUGGAGUGUAUCCACUUCAGCUUAUCAAAUUGAAGGAGGGUGGAAUGCCGAUGGAAAAGGACCUAGUAUCUGGGACAAUUUCACCCAUAAUCUUAACAUCCAGAAUGGUGAUGUUACAUGCGAUAGUUACAACAAAAUUGAUGAAGAUCUUUACAUGCUUCGAGCAUUGAGAGUUAAAAACUACCAUUUUUCUAUUUCAUGGCCUCGAAUUUUCCCCAAUGGGCAUCUUGAGUCAUUGAACCCUUUGGGGGUUGACUAUUACAAUAAACUAAUUGACAGUCUUCUUGCUAACAACAUAACACCAAUGGUAACACUUUACCACUGGGAUCUGCCUCAAGCACUUCAAGAUAUUGGAGGCUGGGAGAAUGAAACACUGAUUGACUUGUUUAAUGCAUAUGCUGAUUACUGUUUCAGAACUUUUGGAGACAGAGUUAAGUUCUGGAUAACAUUUAGUGAACCCUCUGUAUUUAGCUGGGAAGGAUAUGGUACAGGUGUCUUUCCGCCAUCUUUAAAAAAGCCUGGUAAUCUUCCAUACAUAGUGGCACACAUAUUGUUGAAGGCUCAUGCCAAGGUUUUUCACACCUAUGAUGAUAAAUAUAGAAGCAUGCAGAAGGGCUUAAUUUCUAUCAGCCUUAAUGCAGAUUGGGUGGAACCAAAGAUGAUGAAUGAACCUAGAGAUGUGGCUGCAGCUGAUCGCUACCUGCAGUUUACGCUGGGAUGGUUUGCACAUCCCAUUUUCAAAAAUGGUGAUUAUCCCCAAGCAAUGAAAUGGCAGGUUGGAAACAAGAGUGAACUGCAACGCUUAUCGUCUUCAAGGCUUCCUCAGUUUACAGAGAAGGAAAAAUCUUAUAUCCGUGGUUCUGCAGAUGUUUUUUGUCUCAAUAUGCACACGACAAAAAUUGUUAGUCAUCAGAUCAACAAACUUAAAACCUUAUCUUAUGAAUACGAUAGAGACACAGCCGAAAAGUUUGACCCAAGUUGGCCAACUUCAGCUGCCAAGAAUUUUCGGGCUGUAGCUUGGGGCCUAAGGAGACUACUGAACUGGAUUAAAGAAGAAUAUAAUAAUCCACCAAUUUACAUAACUGAAAAUGGAGUAGCCACCAAAUCUUCUUCUAGUGUGGAUGAUACAGAUAGGAUAUUCUACUACAAAACAUAUAUCAAUGAAGCACUGAAAGCAUACAAGUUGGACCAUGUUAAUCUUAAAGGUUACGCUGCCAAGUCCCUCAUGGACAGUUUUGAAUGGAUCAAUGAAUAUAAUUUACGAUAUGGACUGCAUCAUGUAAACUUCAAAGACCCUAACAGGCCAAGGACUCCCAAGCGAUCAGCACACUAUUUUGCAGGAAUAAUUCGUGACAAUGGCUUCCCACUGCAGAAAGAUGAUGAAUUUCUUUAUGGUGAAUUUCCAAAGAACUUUGCAUGGAGCGCUGCUACUGCUGCCUAUCAGGUUGAAGGAGCUUGGAGAGCUGAUGGCAAAGGACUUAGCAUAUGGGACACAUUUUCUCAUACUCCCUUUAAAGUUGGCAAUGAUGAUACAGGGGAUAUAGCAUGUGACAGCUAUCACAAGAUUGAAGAAGAUUUGGCUAUUCUUGAAGAACUGAAAGUUAACCAUUACCGUUUCUCCCUAUCGUGGGCUCGCAUUCUCCCAGAUGGAACCACGCGUUUUGUUAAUGAGGCCGGAUUAAACUACUAUAUAAAGUUUAUUGAUGCUCUCCUUAAAGCUAACAUUAAGCCUCAGGUUACACUUUAUCACUGGGAUUUGCCUCAAGCACUACAAGAUGUUGGUGGUUGGGAGAACAGCAGCACAAUUGAUCGAUUUGUAGAAUAUGCUAAUUUAUGUUUUCAAAGAUUAGGUGAUAAAGUGAAGUUUUGGAUAACCUUAAAUGAGCCUUACAAUACAGCACUUCUUGGUUAUGGCUAUGGUACCGCUGCACCAGGUAUUGGCACAAGAUUGGGCACAGCUCCUUAUGUUGUUGCUCACAAUCUAAUCAAAGCUCAUGCUGAAGUUUGGCACUUGUACAAUGAAACUUACAGAGCACAACAGCAAGGUCUGAUUUCCAUAACAAUAAACUCUGACUGGGUUGAACCAAGAAACCCAUAUAAACAAGAAGAUGUUGAUGCAGCCAAAAGACAUUUGAUGUUUUAUGGUGGUUGGUUUGCAUAUCCAAUUUUUAAAGAUGGUGACUACAAUGAGAUAAUGAAAACACGUGUGAGAGAGAAAAGCUUGGCUCAAGGAUUGGCCAAAUCUCGGCUUCCUGAAUUUACAGAAUCUGAAAAAAGAAGAAUUAAAGGAACCUAUGACUAUAUGGGAUUUAACCACUACACCACUGUGUUGGCUUUCAAUGUCAAUUUUGCUAACGUUAUCCCAAUGUAUGAUGCUGACAGGGGAACUGGGACAACCACAGACCGCAGCUGGCUUAGCUCUGGGUCUUUUUGGUUGAAAAUGACUCCAUGGGGUUAUCGGAAAAUUCUUAACUGGAUCAAGAAAGAGUUCAACAAUCCUCCAAUUUACCUAACAGAAAAUGGUGUUUCAGAGCAUGGACAUAAAGGUCUCAAUGAUACCUGGAGGAUCUAUUAUCAUCAGAGUUACAUAAAUGAAGUUUUGAAAGCAAUUAAACUUGAUGGAGUCGAUAUCCGGGGCUACACAGCAUGGUCGCUGAUGGACAACUUUGAAUGGGCUGUAGGUUACGCUGACAGAUUUGGAUUAUUUUAUGUAAAUUACACAGACUCUUCUUUGCCUCGCAUUCCCAAAGCUUCAGCCAAAGUGUAUUCUACCAUUAUACGCUGUAAUGGCUUCCCUGAUCCUGCUUUAGGGCCACACAAGUGUCUGCAAUCAGAAGCUACCACCAUAGAACCUUCAACAGUGAAAACCACACCGACUAGCUUGACAACAAACACCGAUGAGGGACAGAUUUAUUUCCUGGGAUUAGAAAUCUCUAGUGUGGAUGCAGCAAGUGCUCUAUAUACUUUGUUCACUAUUUCAAUAAUUGCUAAUUGUUUUUAUUGGCUAUCUUUGCAUAUAAAAUUUGGAAAAGUGGAAAAGGAAACGGCGCAACUGCUGGGCAGAGCAGCACACCUGCAAGAUGGACACAUAUUUCAAACCCCGGGGGUUCGCCGUUGGCCCUGCGAGGUGAUGAAAUGUGACAUAUCAUUGGAAAGGAAAAUACAGGGCGGCGGCGAGUGUGAUUUCAAGAUAGCAGGCAGUAAAUACAGAAUUGCGUUGCUCGGGUUGGGGAGUCCCCGCGGCUGUAACUCCCCCAGCCUGGGGUCACAAAGUUUAUCAGCCACUAUGUACCUCCUCCUCCCUAACGUUCCCGGUCUGUCCAAUUCCCCCGCCCCCCCUGCAUGGACUCACUUUGCAUGA